AUGAAAAUUUGGUUUAUUCAACCAAUCAUAAUUUAUAUACUAACAAUCUUAGCUAGAAAUAUACAUUGCUCCUACAAAAAUGAUAACAUCAAUGAAUUAAAAAAAAUAAUAAACAAUGAAGAGUUAUAUGACAAAUUAGGACUAUUAGAAAACCUGUUAUUGCAAACGUUAAAUCAGGAUACAUUGAAAAUUCCUAUAGUAAACCAUGAGAUCGAACAAUAUUUCGAUUUGUCAAAAUUUCAAGUUAAAAAAUUUAUUACUGAAAAUGGGGAUGAACAGACUUAUCUUGUACCUACACCUAAUGCGGGACCGGAGGACAUAAUAAAAUAUGAAAAUGUUUUAAAGAUACAGGUGUCUAUAAAUUAUAAAGUUAACAUAUCAGAUUUAAUCAAAAAAAAGGUUUUAACUGUAAGGACUUUAAAAAUUAUAAAAUUUAUGCAAUUACCUAUGAAAUCUUACAAAAAAAAUUAUAAUUAUAAAGAAGCUUUACUAGAACUAAAUAACCUCUUUACUAAGGAGAGAACUGAUCUGAAUAACAAGGGUGAUGAGGGUAAGGAAACGAAUACAUAUUUUGUGAAGAGACUAAUACUUGAAAAUAAGGAAAGUAUAGAAAAUAAGGAAAGUAUAGAGAAUAAGGAAAGUAUAGAAAAUAAGGAAAGUAUAGAAAAUAAAGAAAACAUAGAAAAUAUAAGCAAAGAUAUUAAAGAGAAAAUUUCUUUAUAUAUGCCUAUUGAUGCAAAUAUGGACAAAAUUAACCAAGAAGAUCUACUCUUCACAUAUCAACCGAAUAUACAGUUUAUGGAAAACUUAGACAAUCUGGCAAAUCGCUACAACAUUGGAGUGUUUAACAUAAUCGGGUCUCAUUACAUGGCGUUGGGGCACUUUAUGAUUUUGAAACUAGCCCUCAAGAAUUACAACCAAUAUUUCGAUCAAGGUAAUUUAAGGUUUCAUAGCUGGCUAAGUAUCCUACGUUUUAAUGAAUCGGACAGGUUUAAAGUGUUAGACUUAAAUUGCGAUAAUGAGAAUACAUAUGGAAGUUAUAUAAAAAGAAGAAAACAAUAUUUAAAUGAUAAUAUUAUGUCAACAUCUGAAGAAUGUUCAAUACUAGAAUUUUUAAUUCAUAACUUUAAUAAAUAUCAAAUGGAGUUAUAUAUAAAUGCAUCUAAAUUAAAUUUAAAUAUACAAAUACUACUAGAAGUAGACCAUUUGAGGGAAAAAUUUUUUCAAUUUAUGUGUAAAGAAAAUCAUAUAACAUGUAAUAUAUAUGAAGGACCAAAAUUUAAAGACCAAAAUGAGAUGAAUAUACAAUUUUAUGAUAAAUAUAACUACCAGUUUGAACAAACUAAAUUUUCUGAUCAGAUAAGCACCAACCCAUUUGACGUUUAUAUAAAUUAUUACCAUUUUGUAAAGUAUUACAACGAAUUUAGUGGGGACCAAGUUUUUUAUGUGCACCUUUUAAAUCUAGUUGGCAUUCUAAGUGGGGACAUUAGCGCAUACGUUAGUUCUCUCUACCUCCCAGGGUAUUACAACGCGAUACAACUUGCCUACGAAGAUGACAAGCAAUUGAAGGACCUUUAUGACAAUCUCCAAAAUUGCAUUAGUAUGUACCAUAUCAGAAACAAAAAAGAGAGAUUUCUAUCCUUUGAAAUUAAAUCAUCAUUCCGUCGUAAAACGCACGAUUUGUCAGAAUAUAAUAUUUGUAUAGGAACCCUUUUUUAUAUUAACAGUCAAGUACCAGGAGGUAUGUCAAUGCUGCAAAAGUUCAAUGCAUAUACAACGAAAAUAUUAAAAGUAAAUGUUGUUAGUUCCCUCAUCCGAUAUCUAAAUAUUUAUGAGGAUUACAGUAACUUUCUCAUGCACGACUUGAAUUGGUUUACCUUUUUGUUCUUAUUCAGAAUAACAUCCUACAAAGACAUUCCCGACCGCAGCAUAGCGUAUGCCAUGUACUUGAAUUUGAAAAACGAAGACAAGGAUAAAAAAACGAUGGUAACAAACCACUGGUUUCCCUCAUAUUUUAAGAAGUACUACACGAAUUAUAUAAGGAAAAACGAAUCCGUGUAUUUUUUGGAGGAACUGGAACAGCUAAUCAGCAAAGACUUCGUAGAAAAGGUCAAGAAAUGCAUAAAGUUCAUAGUGCACGUAAAUUCAAUAUUACAGUUGGACUUCUUUUAUUAUCUAAAUGAAACUCCACUUAAGGAUCAACAUCCAUUCGGUAUAACCAUGACAAUUGAAGGGAAGUUUAAAGAUUGGUUUGUUAAUCACUUAACUGGGUUUACACUAAUAAACUAUGAAGUUCAAGAUUCAAGGUUUGAUAUCCCAGAAAAAAAAAAAAAAAGAGAGUUUAUUGCUCCAAAAUAUAGUAUGUGGACAGAACAUAUGAAGAAACUAAUUGAAGAAGCAUAUAUAAAAAAUUUUAAUCAAAGACAUGUAAAAACUUUAUUUAAAAAAUUUGGUCCUUACAAUAUAAAUAACAAAAUUAUGUUAAUGAGAGAUUGCUAUGAGCUCUAUACAAAAUAUUAUAAUGAUAUGUAUUUUGCAGGUGAUAUCAUGCUUUUAAGAAAAUUUUUUGGAGCUACUCCAAAAAUUAAUAUGAAAAGAGAACGAGCACGUUACUUUUUACAUAACAUUCAUGGUAAUCCGAUGAACUAUUAUAAAUUUGGAAUCAUAUAUGGAUAUAAAAUAAAUAAAUCUCUUUUAAAAGAAGUAGCAGAAGAGUUAUUUGCCAUUUACAAAAUGAACAAGUCCACUUUUUCCUCUACCUCUUUCAUGCAAACUGUGCGCUUGCUCUUUAAGAAGAUCCAGUACAGCUACUUCUCUCACAGGAGAAACGAUGACAUAGGCAUGAAUAACAUAUUCUUCUUCAACGUUCGGAAUGAUUACUCAAAGUUAAGCAUUGAAGAGAGAGAGGAAGAAAUACAUAAGUCUAUGGCAUCGCGUUUUUUUGAAAAAACCAUGUUUUCAAUAUUCCAGAUGAUGUUUGUUGUACAGAUAAGUAGUCAUAUAAAUGAACUUGAUAAAUCUUAUGGAAAGGCAAAGAUGAUGGGUAUGUCAGUACAUGAAGAACCACAAAUGCGUUUUGCAUAUGUAUAUUAUGGUAGCAUGUUUGACAGUAUUAUAAAUGUGUUAUUCCCUUUAUAUAUAAAGAAACCAGUCAUACAGUUAAAAUAUGGAAAAACGUUUAUUCUAGCUAAUAUGUAUAAAUUAGCUUCAGAUAUAUUCGCUGUAUUUAAUUUAAAUAAUUUAAGCGUCUUAUGUGAAUAUCAGGCUGUAACUAGUGCUAAUUACCACUCCUUCAAGAAGAUGUCUCAGUUCAUUGACAGGAAGUUUGUACCCAUAGUUAUAGCCGCGUUCUAUAUGAAAGUUAAAGAUGAAAUGAAAGAGGCUAGUAGUACUUUCUGGAAUGCAUAUUAUGAGAGUAGGCUUAAGGAUGGAAAAUUUACCCAGUUCUUUAUCUACUUGUCCAUAUAUAUGGCUGGUAAUACACUGUAUCGAAAUGUUCUGUUCUUCCCCAAUCAUCUUCCAGAUGAAUUGAAAAAACAAACAAAGGGUUUAAUAAUAAAUCAACCGAAAGAAAAAUUAAGUGUUCAUAGUAUUAACGGUCAGGUAAUUUUCGGUGUUGUACACAGUUUAUCAGUUACAUUUUUCAUUUUUACUUUAAUGAGAUGGUAUGCUUUCUUUGAUAAUGUAACGUUUCUAUUUAGAAGUACUUUUCGAGUAAUUGAUAGAUUCUAUACUAUUGCUGAAACUUACAUUAAUAUGUUUAUUAAGUCCAUUUUUAAUAAAUGCACUGUUGAUGUUUUAUUGAAAUCCCUUAAAAGAGCAUACACUGGCACCCAAAAUGAGGGUUACUAUGAACAAGCAAUGGAAUCAAGAAUAGACGCGAAAAAUUUUAGUGAAGAAGAGAUAAAUCAUAUGGAUGUUAAUUUAUCAUUAUUACAACCGGUACAGAUUGAAAAUCCAACACAUCAUACUAGUCUUUUCUAUCAAGAUAAUAAUUCUUAUUUUGAAGGUUUAGACGAAAAUGAGGAAUACUUAAACGAAAGAGACAUUAUAUUUUACGAAGGAGAGAUGAUUGACAAAACGGAGAGUUCAAAUGAGGGUUCGACGGAGUGUUCAACGAAGAGUUCAACAGAGCCUACGACGGAGCCUUUAAAUCAGACUCCUGUAAAUAAUACCUAG